UUUUAAGUCAUACUGAUAAACUUUAAGAAGUAAUAACCUAGUAAUCUAGCAAGCAAGAAAGGCACCUGUCACAAUACACAAUGUCGUCGAGCAGCACGGAUCCCCUGAGCGGUAUGAAGUCCCUUGUGGCAAGGAUGAUCUUGAUGCAGUUCACCGAACGCCUUUUCCUGACUGCGCAGCACUUGCUGGAUGCCGAAGCCAGCAUAGAAGAACGUGUCCGCAGACUGGAGGUCCUCAACAGCCAGAUGGUGUGGUUCAAUUCCGAGCGUACACGUAUCCUGGAGCAGUUGCAGAUGCAAAUACUCAGUCUGAUUUCGGAACAGCAGCGUAUAGCGAUGGAUACGAGUCAGUAUGUGAACCGGCUGCACGAAGGACUAAUCGAACUCAAACGGCGGCUGAGCAGCAUGCAAGAGGACAUUACCUGUCCCAUCUGCCUCUCACCAUGGACUUCGCAUGGCGGACAUCGCGUGGUCUCACUCCGAUGUGGACACCUUUUCGGGAAUAACUGCAUCAGAACUGCCAUCCGCAGAUCCCAUCGUUGUCCGAUCUGCAGGCGGAGGGCUCUACACGCUGAUGUGCGCAGGAUCUUCAGUCGACGAUUAAUCCAAUAACACUGGCAUCCAUUCCGUUCUAGUUCAAUGUAUCCGUUUUCGCUUGCUACGCAUAUAUAUAUUUUAAAAUUCAA